CUCCUGCUCCGCUGGGGAUCGGAGCUGUUCCCGGGGCUGUCUGGGCUCCUGCUCCUGUGGGGAUCGAGGUCACUGUCUGUGGGUCUCCGCUGUUCUGCUGAGGGAGGUCUGGACCCGCUUGUGGAGAGGCUGCUUGUGGGGAGCCUUGGAGCGUUUAAUGAUACGUGAAGAUGGAAAGGACAGUAUCCCCAAACAUCCCUAUCUUUAUGAGACUGACGUAGAGAUCUCGUUGGUUGGUGGCAGUUGCAAAAAUCCUAUUGAAAAAUUUUGGAGUGGAAGCAGUGCAGUGUAUAUAUUGCAGAAAGCCGUAAGUGCACACCAUGAAGAAAGCAAUUCCAUGGAGGAAUCAAGAACAGAUGAUGCCGUUUAUGCCUCUGAGGUUUUGCCAAAGGAGAGUCCUGGAGCCCUGGCCCUUUCUGUUGGAAGAGCAAAGCAGUUGAUUUCCUUGUACGCAAUGGUGCAAAACCCAAACGUGACCUGCCUGGGGAGCAGUGACCUGGUUGUGCUUCCUCCCCUGUGGGCCAGGUGUGAUGGUUCUGACCCUCAGCACACCUGCUGGAUUGGAGCUGAGCCUCUCAAGGCUGCAAACAAAGUCACAGGGCUCAAUAUUUACAUGGUUUCGUGUGAUGGUCCUACGGCUGAUAAAACUCAUUUUGCAAACCUGGAAGAGCUCAAAAUGGAACAUAAAAUAAGACAUCACUCAUCUGUUGUGACAACCAAAGGAUUUGCUCGGUACGAGCUGAUUGCAGCUGCUGCAAUAGAGGACACCAUUGCAGAAUCUGGAAGCAGCAUCAGUGUGGAUAUCACAUGGAAUGGUGUGGAAAAGAUCCUGGAGACUCCCCCAGUGAUCUCUGCUGCCACCCUGAAUAUUGCCCUGGAGUCGGGGGACCCCAGAAGUCCUGUGUUCCAUCUGUACCGAGAGCUGCAGUUCCUCUUGGCUUUGGCUGAAGGUCUGAAGAUGGGUGUGACUGAGUGGCCUGAGCCAUCAGAGUCUGAAUCAGCUCUCAAACUGGUCCAGGAAUUUCUGACUGAUUUAAAGAAGAAGCUGGAUGGAGAUUGUAUGUUUGGAAACAAGAAUGAAACAGAGAAAAUCAAGUGUGACACAGCUGCUGUGGACAGUUGCAUAAAAACAAUCUUUGGUGAGCGAGGAGACCUGGACUUCGCUGAGCAAUUAUGGUGCAAAAUGAAAAGUGUCAGCUCCUAUCAGGAGUUAAUAGACUGUUUCACACUGGUCAUAAAAUGCCUGGAACAUGGUGAGAUACAGCCAUGGAUCCAUCAAGGGAGUAGCAGCUUCUUAAGUCAAUUGAUCCAACAGUCCUACCAUGGAAAGAUGGAGGAUGUUUCCCUCAGUGACAUCACUCCCAUUCAGAUGCUCCUGGAGAUUGGCUUGGAGAAGAUGAAGAAGGAUUAUGUCAGUUUUUUCAUAGGCCAGGAGCUUGCAACAGUAAACUGCUUGGAUUACUUCAUUUCCACAUCAGUGGAUCUCCAGGAACAAGUCCACCGUGUCCAAAAGCUUCACCAUAUGCUGGAAAUAAUGGUCAGCUGUACAGGCUUACUGCAGUUCAGACAUGAGAACCUCUUCCCUUUGACACAGAUUUGCAUGAAAUAUUACAAGGAAAACCCUCUGAAUGAGAAGCAUGUGUUUCAGCUGCCUAUCAGACCAGCUCUGGUGAAGAAAUUCUAUCAGAAUGAUAACCCUGAAGUCUGGAAGGUGGAGAUAAGCAGUGGGCAUGGACAGAAGGAGGUUAAAACAACGUGGCAAGUCAGCACCGAUGCUCCAGUUGAAUAUGGACCAUCAAACAACUCAGGUUUCCUUUCUGACUCCACAGUGAAUGGAAGCAGUGAAGAAAGGCUGUAUUUUAUUACCAUCACUCAGUGCAGUCAGGUGCACUUCACUUAAGUUGAUGUUACUGAGCAGGCAGGACUGGAAAGGUACAAAAAGGGGAAAAAUUCAAUCUUUUCUGUCCCAAGAGGAGUUUUAGAAACGCUCUGGGCUUCAAACAGUUCAUCUUCACUGAUUUAUUUGCUUUAUUACACUUAAGUGGGACCUCCACAGCCACAAUUCACCUGUAGGCACCUCCUUUGUUUAAAAUGCAGUACAAUUAUGACUCUACAGUGUAAAUAUUUUGUAAGUAUGGUGGAUCUCUUUCAUAUAUUUCCAGGCAUUCAACAAAGUUGUGCACUUUGGGGUUUCACAUUUUAUUUUUUGUUCAUUAAAAAUGCAAUCAGACACUGUUCAAAGUGUGAAUUAUCUUAACCAACAAACCAAGCAAUGUUGUCAUGUUCUCCUGGGAUCAAGUGAUCCUUCACCAUCCUGAAGGAUUUGGAAAGCUCUUCCUCCAGGGCCUUGGCAUCUUCAGCCAGUUUGGGUUUCUUGGCCCCUGUAUUUAUAUUUUGGAGUAUUCUUGGAAAUACUUCUCUCUCCUCUUCAAAUUAUUUUAUUCCUUCAAUGUGAAGUGAGUUAUUUUAACAGUGUUGUCUUGUAUGUUUUGCACAAAUUUUUUGAACAACAAAAUCAGCAGAAAUGGCUGGACAUAAUCGUUUAAAUGUGUUGGCAGUUGCCAUGUGUUAUGUUGAUUAAUCAGUGAGGAAAUAUUUUGGUCUGAUUUAAACAAUUCCAUCGUUUCCUACAUGCUGACUAAAUAAUCUGAGACAGAAACAUUUUGCAUUAAGAACUUAACUAUGGGUAAAUGAAAGUAAGGAAAACCCUAAUAUCCAUGCUUUUAAAAACUAUGAAUUAUAGAUGAUUAUUAUAAAUUUGUAUAAUUUCUGGUUUCAAGCACAGGAAGUUGUAUUUCAAGUACAUUCAGCUGAAGUGCGGAACCAAGUUUUUAUAGUACUUGUUUCUACCUGCACUAGAAGGGGAUUUAAGGUGGAAUAUUAAUUUUGGAAGUGCUUGGAUUACUUAUAGUUACUUAAAAUUUUUGUGUGUAAUAUAUUAUAAAGUUAUCAAAGGUAAAUCUGGUUACUGUAAACCAAACUGUCAAGAUGUGGUUUAAAUCUGAUUCAGAAGAUGUCACCUUGGAUUACUCACUUCAAACAACUCUUCUCCACACCUGAAUAGCAAGGUAUAGAUUAUCCUAACUUUUAGACAUGAAUAAGUUCAUAUUUAAGCAGUGCUCUUGGAAUAUUUAAGUCCUUUUGUGUUUUAAAAUCAUGUAUCUUUCUUCAAGUAGCAAUUGCAUGGUAAUCAAAAUGCUGUUGAACAGACUGAAAGAUCUGCAACAGCUUUAACCACUUGAAAUUUGUCCUGGCAAGAUUGGAAUCACUUUACUCUUAACUGUUUUUCUGGUAAACAAAAUGUGUAAUAGUUUCCAAAAUAAUAAGGAUUGUAAAACCUACUACUUGGAAUCAGUGGAAAGAGAAUGUAUUUUGGUAAAAACAAAAAUAAUUUUGGGAAUUGAAUAGAACAACUAUAAAAGCUCUAGGUGGAUUGGUAAAUAAUAUUUCAUUCCAGGGGUGUAAAAAGAGGCAGCAGUGGUAAAUUUUAACCACUCGAAUAAGACAGUUGCAGCUUAGUCCCUUUGGCAAAGGAAGAAGUGUGCAAACAUCAAUUUUAGCUGUGGUUUCGAAGGUAGAAUAUGAGGAGGACAAUACUGAUGAGAAUGCAGAGUGUGAAAACUGUAGGAAGAACAAUCUCUGUCACCAUUUCCAUGUGAGUAAUCAGGGAAUCUAAAAUUUGAGAAAUGAGGAAUAUGUAAGAGCUUUAAUCCUCGGGAGGACAGAAAUACCUAACUUAGAGUUAACAUAAAGAUUUUUUGUUGAACAUAAAAGUGUUGACAUUGGCAUAAACAGCAAACAAAGCAAGCAGAAUUUCCUAAGUCUGCCAAAGCUGGAGCAAAUCCAUGAUAGUUUUCUCUCUCUUUUUCUUUUUAAGUUAAAUUUCUGAAGAUAUGUCAGUGCUCAAAGAGCUGCAAAAAUUGCCCUUGCUCUGAAUUAGUUGCAGUGCAUUAACAAUAUUUUGCUGGUCCUUUGAUUUUUAUUCCCGUCACCCCAAGGUGAAAGAAAACUGUCAAAGAGAAAUCCUUGAGAAGCUUUGGCCUUUGUUCUUUAUCUGUCUGAAAAAUUAAACGGGUUUUAUUUUGUGGAACUUUAUUCCACAGAGGAGCCUGGAAGAGUUCAGUAAACCCAGUUCAUUCACACUGCAGAUGACUUGGAAGUGGAGGCUGAGCAGGAUUCACUUAGGCUGGCUGCUGGGAUGUUUCCUGCCAUGUGGAAUCUAGCUCAUCCUCUUGAAAGAAUCUAUAGCAGUUGUUUGAUUUUUCUUAAAAAAAAAUCCUACUUCAGGACUUCUGAAAUGUCCUGAAACCAGGAGGGUUUUUUAGCUGUUCUGGAUCAGUUGUGCUGGGGUUUCUUUGUUACCAAGAGCAUCAGAGCCCAAACUUAAUCUUAGGCCACUCCUUUUAUUUAUUUUUAUAGUUCCACUUUAUGUAAAAGUCAAACAUUCAGAGAUUUUCUGUCUGUGUGGUUGUCUUGAUUUGUCUGGGCUUGGUUUUUGUUUGAAAAAGCGUUCAGCAGUUUUAUUUUAAGGAGAGUGCCGUCAUCCCCAACCUCAAUUUAAGUAGUAGCUCUUUCAGUUCCUAUAUUUCAGUAACAUCCACAGCUGAUCCAUUUAGCUACAGCGGUUGGAGACAGUAAAUAAAAACAUUUUGCUUUAGAGGCUUGUAGUGCUUUUGGGUAGAAAAUACCUUUUAGCAGCAUUCAGGGAGCAGCUUAAUAUCUGAACUUUACAGAACCCGCUUUUAUAGAGCAGAACAGAGGCAGCAUUACCUGCAGCAAGGUGUUGGUGUGUGGCAGAGCAGGUGUCCAUGGCCUUCCGGUGCCAGUUCUCCACCUGGGGAAAGGUGACAAUUCUGUGAGCCUGCAGCACCCUCCUCACUCCCACAGCUCCCUCCCUGCCCUUGUCGCUACAGUUAACUUGAAACUACUUUAUUCUACCAACAUAUGAACUUCUGAAAGUUGCUUUGUGGUUUUUAUUUCAGUGUAUUGCCCCGAGUUAAUGGUUUGAUUAAAUUUUUAACAGCACGUCAUACAUUCCGGGUUAUUUUCCAGUAGGGUAGUGCAUUUCUGGAGUUUUCUGCCUAGAAAGCUGACAGAUCUGCUAAAUAACUUCUGAUGGAGAAUUUUUGGCUGCAUCAGUAAGUCCAGUUGGAGUUUGUGGAAUGCUUUAGAAACAGCAAUAGAGGCUGUUCCCACUUUCAGUGUCUGAAUAUCUCUGUAUUAAACUAAUUUACAGAACCAAAGUGUCCCUUCUGUACCGUAUUCAUACAAGUUGUUUCCUGAAAUUCAAUGUGAUAUUUGCACAUAAAUCAAAGAAAAAGGAAAAAAAAAAAAAAAAAAGAUCAAAAUUAGCAGCUGACAUCACCUCUCUUGGAUUUGGGAAUCCAUUUGCGCUGAUAAUCUCUUUGUAGUAGUCAACAGAUGCCUUUGGGUACCGUGGUUUGUUCUUGUUUUUGAAGUCGAUGUGGUAAAGCCCAAAUCUUUCGGAGAAGCCUUUGUUCCAUUCAAAUUUAUCCAGCAGUGACCAGGCAGUGUAACCUUUGACAUUUACACCAUCGUUUAGAGCUGGAAAUAGAACACAAAUCACUGAUAAAGGUGGGGGUUGUCCUUAAAAUAUGGUUCUGUAAAUGUUUGCUUUAUAGCAGGAAGAGGUGGGGAGGAGGACAGAAAAAUGAAGUAUAAAUUAAUUGAAUUUAGAUUCUUUGAAAUUGUUGUCUUUAGCUUAAACCAUGGGUCUAUGGGCAUAGCAAUUUCUCCUUUCUGAAAGUGGAACUGAUGAUUUUUGGCAGUAUGAAA